AUUUCAGGGAACUGCAGUUAUGAAGGUCCCACAAAUGGAGCUUCCCGGCAAUUCCACAGCAACGUGUCCGUUGAGAUUGCCAGUUGUGAAAUUGACGUCACAUUUUUUGCCGAACGUUACGAUGCAGACACAAGGCAGUGGUUUUUUGACGAUUUUGACGAGUGGUUCCACACUCCAGGCAACUCGCGAGCUUAUGUACUCCUAGGCGAUCCAGGUGUCGGAAAAAGUGUGAUUGCGGGAGUCAUGGCACAGCGCAUGAGAAAGGUUGGACACUUAGGAGCUGCCUACUUCUGCCGUCACAAUGAUGGUACAAGAAACGAUCCCAGGUAUCUUCUUGGGACUGUUGCCCAUGAACUCUGUGAUUGUAAUACUCAGUAUAAAGUAAUUGUACGCGGAGAGAGUGGAGUAAAAGUGUUUUUAGACAAUUCUGAACUUGGUGUUCGGGAGCUCUUUACAAAAUUAUUACAAGAACCAUUAAGUAAGUGUUUGCCCUGUAGCCAGAGAAGGUUAGUCAUCAUUGACGCAUUAGACGAGACAGAGUAUGAGUCCAGGGAAGAUUUCCUUGAUCUCAUAAUGCACUGCUUUCCCCUGCUUCCUGAUUGGCUUGUGUUCUUUAUCACCAGUCGCCCUGAAGAUUCGGUGCAGUUCAGAUUGAAAAAGUACAACCCCUGUGUUAAAAUUUGCGCUGGAAACAGCGAUCAAGACAACUUCUAUCAGCAGCAUGAGCAGGACAUCCAAACGUUUUUGAAAAAGAGAAUUGAUUUCUCUCGUUUAUCCGUCACGGUAGAAGCCAUAUCAAAAAAGUGUAACGGAUUAUUCUUGUAUGCACAUUACAUUGUGGAAGAACUUAGGCUUUCUCUGUAUUCAGGUAAGGAAUUGAAUCAGUUGAGCGAUUUUUUCCCUGGAGAUAUCGACAGUUUUUUUCUGCAGAAUUUUACGCGCGUGUAUGAUCAAGUGGGACAGGAUAUCUUCAAGAAGUUGUUUGGUUGUGCCAUCGUAGCCCCCACUCCACUUCCUGUUUCAAUCAUUUCUUACAUUCUAAAGAGAGAGAAAUCAAAUCACGAUGAGCAACAAGUGAUCGAUGCUGUAUCACAAUUUGUGGUGUUACGGACAUCUGAUCAGACAUUAACUUUCCUUCACAAUCUGAUCCCAGCGUGGUUGACAGACAAAGCCAAAGCUUCGCGAAGGUUGUUCAUCAAUAAGAAGAUUGCAGGUGAGUAUGUUGGAACGAUUUUUGUUGAAAUCCUGUCUUCUAUUGUGAACGAAUCGCGACCAACAUGCCUGUCAAAUGACGCCGAUUUGGAGGACUACGUUUCGUCCGUGGCCGUUCGCGUUUUGUGUCAGAAUGGGGCUAAAGAUUCGUUGAAGGCUGUUUACGAUUGCUUGACGAGUUAUGAUUUCAUUGAGAGAAGGAUACAAAGUGGAAGAAUUGAGAUUUACCACCUGCUGGACGAUUUAAGGCUUGCUGCGAGCUGUCUUUCCCUUGACGAAGUUUGGAAACAAGACAUCCUCCUGGAGAUCGUAUUUGCUCUUGAAAACAAUGUUCUUGUUCUCUUGAAAUGCCCCUACCUUCUGCACUCCUGCAUACGAAAUGCUUCAAACGCUGUCCAAGAGACCGUUUCCAUCCCUCAAAUGUCCACUCCUUGUUUUGAGUGGUUCUUUUAUCCUGUUCCUGACGCUAACAUUGCUCACAUGCACUGCUUUGCCACAUCACCUGAUGGGAGGACAGUGGCUGGAGCAAAGGGUCGGUCUCUGCAAUUCUUUGACCCAUCUACGGUAGAAAGAGUGAGCGAUCCUUUUGAUCUAAGCAACGAAACUAUUGAUAGCAUUAACCAUUUGGAGUAUUCUCCCGACGGUAAGUUCCUAUUUUUUGGACGUCUCGACAAAUGGUUUUCUGUUGAUCGAGGUUGUGUGGAGGACUUUCCUCAAUUCUCAGGGAAUUCUCAUAUCUAUAAAUGGGGCGUACUGACUCGUGAUGGACAGUGCAUUGUCGUGAAUAGAAGUUCUCUGUCUAAUCCGAGUACCUGCGAGGGUCAGUCUUGUGUUUUUGACUUACUGGCUCUUUGGGCAAUGAAGGAGAGUGAGCAGAGUGGAGAUGAUGAGCUGACCGUCCGUUUUUGUCCUGACGGAUUGAAACAGAAAAAACCAUGUAGCAAAGCAGGGAUGCAAAUCAGACGCUUGUUCGAGCGUCAUGGAUUGAGCGAAAUAUUGGAUGAGGGUGACGAAAUAUUGGAUGAGGGUGACGUUCGUGACAAUCCUUCUUGCUAUUACUGUCGCAGACUAAGAGAAUUAACUGAGUCAAAUCAAGAACCAUCCUUAGUAGCUGUACGACAACUUGUCAUUAAGCUCUACCCAUGCAUAUUUGAAUAUCAGGUUUGGGAUCUAGAGACUGGGAUGCCUUUGUUGCAGCAAGUUUUUUCAGCGGACAUUGAGCUCAACCCGUUCACCUAUUUCAGCCAUGUGUUCUGUGCUUAUAGUGAAGAUGGAUCAAAAAUGGGCUGUUCUGGCAUAUGGAAAGCCAUGUCAUGUUGUAACAUUGCCACAAUAACUGCUUUGCACAGGUUCUUUUUCUAUUCUGCGUGUAUGGUGGAUCAUAGUCUGGAGUCGUUGUGGAUGCACGAGUAUAAACCGAACAAGACUCUGCAGGAGAUGACGCGAAAGCUGAAGCAGCUGUUCGAGCUAGUGGGUAAUUGUGGGGAGCCGAUUGACCUUCUAAAGUUCAUCAUGAUUUCGGAAGGUUUUGGACUUGGAAGUGCAUACCCAGAUUAUAUGGACUUAAUGAGAAUAGAGAAGAUUUACGAGCUCUUAAAACAGCAGAUGGAGGAGCGUACAAAAUGGCAAGGUUUUGCAUCCGCUAAGUUAUUGAGGGAGGUCCACAAUAACGCAUCCAAGAUUGGCCUGUGGAGAAACAUUCCUAAAGGUUUUCAGGAUCUCGUUAAUGUUUUUAACAACGAAAUUGUUGCUUGCGUGUCACCAGAAUCAAAAUGGGUAAUCCAGACCGGUAAUUCACUGAAGAUGAGUUUGUUACAAACAGGAAAUCAAGAACGACACCAUAUUUAUCACGAAAAACCAGAACACACCUUCGGUAAGUUCACACGCUUUACCUUUUCAAAUGAUGAUCUUUAUUUGGUGUAUUCCUGUGAAGGUUCACUGCAAGCCUUAUCUCUCACGACAGGUAAGGUACUCGCGAGUGUGUCGGGCUGUAACCUUUGCUACUUUGCAGGAGAAAGGCAGGUUGGUUAUUUGUUUCGUUGUGGUACCGAAGAGACAGCCAUCUUGUUGACAAGUUUAUUUAGUCCUUUUAAGUUUGUUUCAGCAUCACCUGUGCAACCAUCGGUUUUCGGAAAAUCCGUUGCAGCGAUUUUCUGCUCAGGUAAUACUGUUAUGUCUGUUACGUCUGACUUGGUUGUUACUUUAUGGGAAACUUCCACUGUUGCUGAUAAAGACGUCAUCGCCUUCUCUUCAAAGUAUUCGUCGACUGCAGACUACCAGCAGUGUCUCCUUGUGAAGAAUUGUGCGCUGUCCUCAGACGGAAGUCUAAUUGCCAUUCACUGGUCACGCAAGGUAGAGUUGUACAGUUUUGCAAAUUCGGAAUUGAAUUUGCUUCAUUCAGUGUUUGAAUCUGCACACCAGUUCACGGUUACAUACUUUGCAUUUUCAGCUGAGAGCUUCUUUCUUCUCUUUUGUAUCCAGGAUAGCAGGAAUGAUUCACAUUUCUAUACAUGGGAUAUCAAAGAGGAAGCUGUUUCAGCUUCUUUCAAAUCACCAGGGUUCCUCACCGCAGAAUGUUGUUAUCUUUCAUCGAAUAAACGAGAACUAGUCUUGUGUGGUGACUACGAAAUUGAAAUCUGGGAGUACGCUGAACAUACCUACCACCUUCUUACCAGACUCGCAGUCGAUAAGCCUUACAACUCUGUUAGGUUCAGCCAGUGCACUUUGUCAGUAGACAAGCAGUUUUUGGUAUGCUGCAUCGCAGACGUAAUUCUUGUGUACAGUCUCAAUGCUUCCAAUAUCAAUUUCUCACGGGCCCAACAAGUUCUUCGCGGCCAUCUUGGUAAAGUUGAGUUUUGUCGGUUUUUAAAAGUAAAUCGUUAUCUUAUCUCAUACGGCGUUGAUGGUAUGGUCUUUCUGUGGGACAUCAGCGCGUCGAAAGCUGUUGGAUUCGCCAGGAUAGCUGAAGGGCAGGAAAGCAUUGUAAGCAUGGCCGUGUCCACUGAAGAAGACAGAGCUGUCUGUUUUACGUCGUCUGGUCGAGUGUGCAUGAUAAAACUCUGUAGACUGGGCGCUGCGCUGCCAUUGAUACCUUCGACGUCACCUUCGAAAGGCAAAGUAAAGACAGCUGAGACAAGUCUACAACUGCAAGGACAAAUCGCUUCAGCAUCUCAGAUUAGCUCGUCAUCCAUUAAGGAUGACAUGCUUGAGCCAAUAAGCAGUUCUGACUUUGAAGAAGAUGAGGAUUUUUCUGACUACGAAUCCGACUAGGUAUUACAUUUAACGUAUGGAGCUGUUCUAACAUAGGAUUGCGGCCGUCUGAGGUAGGUUUGGAGAAUUUUCUUCAAUAUUCUAACAGAAGCCAGCGUUUCCAAACAUGGCGAGAAUUUCUCCAAGCAGCAAAAUAUGAAAUGUGAAAUUAAGUCAGUGCAGGCUGUUGCCAUAUUUCAAUAUUUUUUUCUUAAAGGAAAGUUUCCUUUAUCCUUUACUGUUGCUAUUUCCAGAGCUAGUUAGUGCUGAAUGGUGUAACUGAAUUGGAACGACAGCUGGGAAGAGAUUCUGGAUUAGGGUGCUAGAAUCUCAGUUAUCAUUUUAACUUUUAGCCCAUUUCCCAGGUAUCAAUAAAUUUUGCGUAUCUCAGAUCUCAGCUGUCAGGUUAAAAAGAAGCGUUAAUUCGCGGCUGACAAAUUUUGCCAAAUUCUCAGGUAUCAGUUAAACCUCAUUCUCUGAUAAAAGUAUUUCUGGGAACCGCUAUUUGAAACUUUCCUGGGGCGGCAAGCGCAAACUAAACCUGAUGAAAAUUUGCUCGAAGAGCAUAGAUCUGUUCAAAUAUUUGAGAUACAACUCGAAUUACAACUGACUUCGCAGUUCUGUCAAGAGAAAACCAUCAAAGGGCGCAAAUACUGAAUAAAAAGAACUCAAGUUUGUGAGCUAGCUUGGUGCUACCUUCGAAGACCUAGAGGUCAGUCUCUCCUGGACUUGAAUUCUGUUUUGAAAUCGAGAAAUUAAUUCUCCUUAUCGAUUACCAUUAAAUGUUUUUAAUUUUAGUUGGGAGAAUUGGGUGGCACAUCAAAACAAUAAUACUAAAUUGAUGAUUUUCGUUGUUCUCUUCACCUGCCUGCUUGACAGUGUGUUGAUACUGUGUGGAGAAAUAAGAAAGAGUGAUCACUCGUAUGAAUUUAUGGGAUUUACCAGCUUAAUCCUUGUAUCACUAUGUAAACUCAAAUCAAAAUAUGUACGUUAACUACAGGAGCGGAUCCAGGGGGAGGGUGCAGGGGGUGUGCAACCUCACCCCCUCCCUGAGUUGAAGCCUUCUUCUGCGUAUUCGCUUUUAGAAUUUGUUUACCCCACCAAGUCAGGUACGCCAUUCCUUAGUGAUGCACCCUGUCCUAAGAAAAAUCCUGGAUCCGCCCCUGAACUAGAAUAUGAUCUUUAGUUUUCAAUAAUAAUGGAGAUGAUUUAAUCAAUAGUAGUACAAAAUAAUGUACUGUUUUCAGAAACGGUUUGUAAAGUGUAAGUUUGUAUAAACAGUGCUGGUCAAGUCAAGUAGUGUUAGCGUUUUUUACAAAGACAUUCAGGUAGUGAAGUAAUCAUACAAAUUAAAGGAGCUUCGUUGAGGCCAACGCAUCUUGAAAAAAAUGGCCAACUUUUUCAAGGUUGCAGUUCAGUUGUAGUCCGCUGUUUUGCUUUUCCACCUUUUUUUUGUUGCUGUUCUGCCCUUGAAAAUUAUGAGGAUUUCUGGGUUUCGUUUACUUUGGAAGUAUUUUUGAACAUCAGUAAAAUUACCUGAAAUGUCUUGACAGAGCUCCUUUAAGUUGCACAGGUAACGUUUCUUCAGGAUGAUAAACUUAGACCGGAUAAAGUUUGUUAAGGCACACGCAUAAGACAGAUAUUUCUAAGAAGUUUGAGUGCAAAAUGUUCUUAACCUUGAUAACCGUUAAAAGUGGUGAGAAAAGUGUCAAAAAUAGGCUUAAAAGGUGUUGCUGAUGUAGUGGGCUCUAUAGCUUUACGAGAAGUCUUUCAGUUGUUUUUUAGUUUUGUCAUAUUUUAUAUCGGAUCAGUGUAGGAAACAUACCUUAAUUUACGUUUAUCGUUUCGAGGUAUCGUUAUAGCUCAAUAUUUCAGUAGUAAUAGAAUUAAUUCAAUUAUACUGUUUGUGUAUUUAUAAUUGCUUUUGAUUAAAACCAGUGUUAAUUAAGCUGGUAAAAAGGAUUCAGAAAGUAAAUUUAGCUCUUUUAGGAAGUGAAACGUGACUUCUGCGAUAGUAAGUGGUACAUGUAUAAUUAAUUUUCAUACUUAUGACGCUGUAUAGUUUUCGCUUAAUAUGGGUUAAAUAUUAAUUAAUUGUUCUAGAUAAAGAAGUAAAAAAAAGUACUGAAGUGCGUUUCUGUUUUUAUAGGACUAUAACAAUGUAGCAUAAGAAAGGGAAGAAGUUUAAUAAAUAUAGAUUAUGUUAUAUUG